AUGGCGCCAUGGCCAGCGGUAUUAUGCCGGGUCGGAAGUGCAUCAUGGAACCGUAUGCUGCUUCCAAAGAACACGCAAUGGUUUCGCUCAUUCUCGUCAAAGUCGUCGGACUGGCUGCUUAACCCAUCGCACCCAAAGCUUCAAAAGUUCCUUGAGGGUGAACAUGCACAUUGGCGGCGGGAAAGCAAACCGUACCGCAAGUUCCAGCGUGCGCUGUACACGGAAAUGCGGCAACGGCUCAAGUUGGACGAGGCGGACCAUUCGAUUCCCGAAACCAUUGGGAUGUACGCAUACUACUUGAAGACCCUUCCUCGGCUCAAUUUUCCCAUAUACUGCCGACAGCACAUCGACACAAAGUCGGAGCAAGUGCUGCUGAAUCCGAACGAUAUGGACGCGUUUGGCCAGAUCGGCGUCUUUAAAGUAUCGCCGGACGGCCACUUCCUUGCCUACACGAUGGACCAGUCGGGCGACGAGCUCUACGACGCGUACGUGAAGGACCUGCGGACGUCCCGCACCACCAAGCUACGUCAGCAUGUCCGCAGCAUCGAAUGGGACACCGUCGGGUCUCUAUACUACACCGUGCCCGACGCCAUGCACCGUCCGAGCCGCGUGUUUCGCCAUCGCCCCACCGGCGCCAUUGCCGACGAUGUCCUCGUAUUUGAAGAGCGCGACCCGAGCGUGUAUGUGGACGUGGUGCUCACCAAGGACAACCAGUACGUCCUCAUCAAUGCAAACUCGAAGCGGUCGUCGGAAGUGCACACGUUGGACGCGACGGACGCCGCCGCGGUGCCGCUACUGCUCCGUCCUCGCGACCCCGACGUCUUGUACUUUGCCGACCACGCCACCGAUGCCUUUUACAUUGUCACCAACGACAACCACGCCGGAAACUACAAACUUGUGGUUAUGAUGGACUCACAGCGUGGCCACUGGAUGGACUUGAUGCCACCGUCCAGCUCCCACAGUGGCCCGUCGGCCAAGAUUGAUGAAAUGGAUCUAUUCCAAGACUUUGUCGUGCUGUACGAACGAGCCGCCGCCGGCCUUCCCCGCGUCCGCAUCGUGCCGCUGCAGUCGCCGCAGGACUCGUACAUGCUGCCGCUUCCUCCCCAGCAUGCUUGUUGCGUGCUCCAUCCGUGUCCAAACCGAGGCUUUUACGACAACGUCGUCCGCUUCUCCUUGUCCACGCCGCUGGUCCCGGAAAUCGUCUACCAAUAUGACUUGCAUAGACGACAACUGGACGUGCUCAACCAAGACGCGGCCGUAAACUUUGACGCCGACGAGUUUACUUGCCGCCGCGUGCACGUCGCCUCGACGGACGAUGAUGCGGCGGCGGUGGUGUCGGUGCCCAUGACGCUUGUCCACCGCAAGGACAUGAAACUGGACGGUUCCAACCCGACGCUUGUCGUGGGGUACGGGGCGUACGGCAUGAAUCUCGACACGGGCUUCGACAUGGAAGCGCUGUCGAUGUUGCAGCGUGGAUGGGUGUUGGCGUAUGCGCAUGUGCGGGGCGGCGGCGAACUAGGGCUGGACUGGCAUGCUCAAGGACACGGAAUGCUGAAGAAGAACUCGUUUGUGGACUUUGCCGCGUGUUGUCGGCACCUCGUGGCCACUGGCAUCACCACACGUCGACUGCUUGCGGCCAAAGGCACGUCGGCCGGUGGUCUCCUUGUCGGGUAAGAUGCCGAAUGCUGGUGAAAUGUUAACGUUAUGAUGUAUAUGUAGGGUCGUGGCCAACGAGUACCCGCACCUGGUGGCGGCAGUGGUGUUGAACGUGCCGUUUCUGGACAUUGCUACGACGAUGCAGGACCCGUCGCUGCCUCUCACAGUCCAUGAAUACGACGAGUGGGGGAAUCCCACCGCGGACGCCGCCGUGCGAGCCUACAUCCAGUCGUACUCGCCUAUCGACAACCUUCGCUCCGACCACGCGCAGUACCCUGCCAUGCUCGUCACCACGGCACUCAACGACAUGCGCGUGAAUUAUUGGGAACCACUUCGGUGGGUGCGGCACUUUCGGCAACUAAAGCCAAAGUCCCCCGACCUCGUGUUGUGGUGUAAAGUGAGCGACGACGGCGGCCAUUUCAACGGCCUCGGCCGCCUGGACCAACUCGAAGCGGCCGCCGACGAAAUCGUGUUCCUCCAUCACGCGUUGAACCUCCCAUCCUCAUGAUCAACUCAAGGAUCAACUCAAGGAUGAACCAUCGAUUUCUCUCAAUAGAUCAUUCAUUUAUAUUAUAACAAGUGAAUGAAUCAAGCUGCCUAAUAGAUCAUUCAUUUAUUC